GGCCCUGCUGUGCUACAUUGAAGGUGCCCUGGGAACCUGUUCUACACUGCUCAGCAUGUGACCAAGGAGGAGGGGCGGCCAAGGUGGAGACUGCAGUCAGCUUCCUCACUAUGGCAGAAGAAACUUGACUGGAUCGGGAAAGGUGUGGCUCAAGGCAGAUGCAAGGGCUCCUCGGGCCAGGUCCCUUUCUGAUGGCUUUUCUGAAAAAAUACCUCCUCCCCAUUCUGAUGGUCCUCUUGGCCUACUACUACUAUUCUGCACAUGAGGAGUUCAGACCAGAGAUGCUCCGAGGAAAGAAAGUGAUUGUCACAGGGGCCAGCAAGGGGAUUGGAAGGGAAAUGGCGUAUCACCUGGCGAAGAUGGGAGCCCAUGUGGUGGUGACAUCGAGGUCAAAAGAAGCCCUGCAGAAGGUGGUGUCCCGCUGCUCGGAACUCGGCGCGGCCUCCGCACACUACAUUGCUGGCACCAUGGAAGACAUGAACUUCGCGGAACAAUUUGUUGCCGAAGCAGGAAAGCUCAUGGGGGGACUAGACAUGCUCAUUCUCAACCACGUCUUCUACUCUCCUAUGACUUUUUUCAAUCGUGACACUGACAUGGUGCGUCGAAGCAUGGAGGUCAACUUCCACAGCUUUGUGGUCCUGAGUGCAGCUGCCUUGCCCAUGCUGAAGCAGAGCAAUGGGAGCAUUGGUGUCGUCUCCUCGGUGGCCGGGAAAAUACCGCACCCUCUGAUUGCUCCCUAUUCUGCCAGCAAGUUCGCUCUGGAUGGAUUCUUCUCGUCCAUUAGGAAAGAAUUUGCAGUGACCAGAGUCAACGUGUCGAUCUCUCUGUGUAUCCUCGGCCUCAUAGACACAGAGACAGCCAUGAAGGGGACUUCUGGGGUUUACGAAGGCUAUGCAGCUCCUAAGGAGGAGUGCGCCCUGGAGAUCAUCAAAGGGACAGCCCUGCGCCAGGAGGAAGUGCACUACAGCUACAUGCCCUGGAGCUCAAUCCUGCUCCAAAACCCAGGGAGGAAGGUCAUGGAGUUCCUCUCCACAAGGAUGUUCCGAUGGGACAAACUGAAGAGCAACCAGAAAUCCCCUUGAAGGUGGGCAUGUUGAAGGAUCUCGGGACUCUUCUGCCCAUUCCUGAAGGCAUCUUCCCAGAGGGACAACUGAAGUGUUCCCAGCAACGUGCAAGUCAGGGUACCUCUCACAAUUGUGAGGCAGUCUUCCAACACUUCCACGUGGAAUUGUAAUUAUAAUAAGUGUCAUGAAUCACUUUACAGCCUGAAGUUUAAAACUGAUAGUCAUCAUAGGUAUGGUUUUAUCAAAUUCACCUCUUAUAGUAAUAGUAUGAUGCUUAACACAAUAUUAAUUGUAAUAAAUGUCACGUGAACUUUAUAAAUUCAA